AUGCAAGGUCUACACCUCUCCCUAGAGUCUGCGACACUCGAUCUGAUAGCAGGUAAACGUCCAGUGGUAGCUAUACACCCUGAUGGAACAAUCGAAUAUGAGCCAGCUCAUGUUCCUACUUCCGAGCUAGGCAGGAACAUCGAGAGAAUAUGGAACGAAUAUCCUUCUGGAUUUCUCAACAUUGACGAGACUUAUCAUGCUGGUCUAUCACCCGAUGCAACUGCCGUGGAAGAUGAGCUUGUGGAUGAGAAAAUAGAGGAGAAAGGUCAGGGGGGGAUGAUGACCCAUGAAGAAAUGUCAGAUCUACGUACUCAUGUGUAUAGUCAAAUCAAUGAUGCGAGAAACGAAUUAUGGUUUCUUCUAGAAUUGUCGAAAACUCUUAGUCAAUCCGGAUCAUUCACUUCCAACCCUCCUCUCCUCGCUGGAGAGACUUUCCAUCGUCAUCCACGACAACAACCUAAGAAGUCUGACGUCACAUCUGUUUCCAAUGCUCUGACGACGGCGGUAUCGAUGAAUCAGGGAGAACCACCUGUAUUACCCCCAGGAACAUAUACGACCACCCCAGGUCUCGCCGUUUCACCACCGGAAUGGAAGACAGUAUCAGAACUUGAAAAAGCAAUCUUGGCGAGACAUAAAGCUGUUGAAGAAUGUUCAAACAUGAUUGAUUCCGUAGUGGAAGAAAUGAGAAGUAUCUCUGAUGCUGGUGAUCGAUUCUGGAGAGAUAUACGUCAGUUGCGGGAUGGUAAGCAAGGGAGAGGAAGAUGGGCUAUUGUUCCUAAACCUGACUUCGGUAAGACUAUGGCUGUAGGAGAGACAGCGAGGGAUGUGGUAAUUCCAUAUGCUGUUGACGAAGCUCCAUUGGCACAACGGGCGCGGUGCUUGGCCGCUUUUGAUCUGGAUCCUGAAAAGCAGGAUGCGUUAACUUUUGGAUCGAGAAAAAAUAUGCGACUCAAGACAACUGUUAGAGAUACUCUAGGAGAGGCGUCUUCCUCUACAGGUACAUUCACGAGUGAGGAUGUUCAUGGGGUAAUGGACGAGGUACAGAUGGAGGCGUUCGACGAGGACGUCUUCAAUGAGAUCCGUUUGGAAGCUCUCAGAGAUCCACAGUGCACCGUAGAAUCGAACGGAAUACAAGUCAAAGCUGGAGAUGCGGAACUGAUCUUUGAACUGUACGAUACCCGGCAUUCACGACCCAAGACUGUCACAUCACCCCAAGCGGAUUUAUUGCUUCACGGAGCUCGUUUGUCUCUGCUACAACUCUAUCGACACCGCAAACGCCAGCUUAUCGCUCCCACCAUUCCUCCUCCCAGACCUACGUCCAUUUUACAACCUCUAAUCGACAUGAUCACGUUUCAACAAUCCUGUACGACAGUCUUGUCAACACUUGAAAUGUUAGCUGCACCCUUGAACAAGGCGGGGUUCACUGCGGGCAUCAUCACCCGACACGCGGUUGGUGAUCCCUCAGCUGGGAUAGUUGAGAGAUUACUUCUAGAUGGCGGGCAGCUUAAAGAUGUCGGGACAGUAUACAGUCUGGACUUGGACGGAGGUCAUGGUAUUUCGGUAAACAUCACGGCUCCUACCAUUGUGACGGUCACCACUUCAUCUGCCACCUUUCCUCUUACCAACCUAGAAGAUCUUGCUUCUAUUCUAGCGGAAGAUCUUCAAGAUCAAUUACCUUUGAUAGCUGGCGAUUCUCUAGCGGAGUGGUCUCAAGAAGACGGAUCACCGGGCGGGUUCUUUGAUUCUUUAGAAGGAUUAUUGGUAAUUCCACCAGAAGUGAACAUACAAAUCUCUUUCUCACCCCCUUUCAAGGCUGUGGAAGCGGAAGCGAGUGGACCUAUAGGAAGUGAUAUCUCCACCGUUUACCCUGGGGAACGAGAUGUGAGGUUGAUGGAUUGGAUACGGAAUAUAGCCAUGACAGUUGGAUGA